AAAACAUUGAGGAUGGACAAUCCUUACCCUUCGAAUUGUCCUCCUCGGAGGCCGUUUAGGCUUUGGACUGAUCUUCCGAUGGAGGAGAGAGUGCAUGUUCAAGGUAUUCCAGGUGGUAACCCUAGUUUGUUCGGUGGGUUGUCGUCGGUUUUCAGCCCCGAGUUAUGGAAGUGUACUGGGUAUGUGCCCAAAAAGUUCAAUUUUCAAUAUAGUGAGUUCCCUUGUUGGGAUGAGAAGCUGGAUGUUGAUAGGAAAUCCGCAGAAGAAAAUGGAAAUCCUGUUGAUAAAGGGGCCGGUGUCUUAUUCUCGUUGUCGAAAGAGAAUGCCUUGCAUACUCCUGUGGCUACUUUGUCUUGCAUGGAAAAACAAGUUGAUGAAGAUGGCUCCAACUGGUUGGCACAUUCGCAUGAUAUGCAGAGGCGUGACUGUGAAGAUGUUGAUGUUAGGCAGCCACAGAAUGAUGUGAAGAAGGAUAGAAGUUUGCUUCAUCCUAUUGUAGUUCAUUAUGGUAAACGUAAGAAAGAAGACCUGGGGACGGCCAAAGAUCGAAGUGGAAAGAAGAAAGCCAGGACUGGUGAUAGAGAGGCAGAUUCAAAGAAGAAAGCUGCACAUGCCCCCAAAUCUGUAUCCACAGAACCAACUGAUGCAAAACGAUUGGAAUUUUGUGAAGUCAGAGCUUUUAAGGGUCAAAAGAUUGAUGCUCAAGGUUGCAAGAAUGGAAAUUCAUGUGAUAAUCACCUUGUGGACAAAGAUGUUGGCAAUUGUAAGAACAACCUAGCUUUUGCUGAGGAACCUUCAGAAGCCUUAUCAUCUGAUGUGGGGAGAUAUAAUUCUUCUAAUGAAGCAAGACCAAAAGAAGACAGGGUGGAGCAUCAAGUUCCUGUUAGGAUUGAGGGUUUUCCUAAAACUGACGAUUUUGUGGCGUCAUCAUUAGAUCACAAUGGGAGUGCUGCCAUUAAAGAAGAGGUUGUUGGUAAUGCACUUGAUAAUAUGAAUGAUAAGGGGGAAGUUUCUAGAAGUAGUGGCCUUGACUUGCAGAAAACAGAGCAUCUUGUUGAAGAUCAGGCAACGACUGCACCCAAAGGCAAGGAAAAUCAUUAUUUGCAAGAAAUAAAUGUUGAGAUGUCUCCAAGUUCCUUACAGCCUGAAGUCAAAGUGAAAGCAGAAGUCGAACUUGAUAAUACUACAGGGGUCUCUAUUGUGACACUGUCACCUCCUAAUGAUGUAAAAUUGGAUGGCGUGAAUCCCUUGGCCCAACAUGUAGGGAUUUCUGCUGAUCAAUUGUCUGAAAAUUCUAAAAUGGAUGAUGAUGCCACAGCUAGUUUGCAAUUCAGUGUCCAUAAAGUGCAAGAUACUGACAGGUUUAUGGCAAAAGUUGGUGAUUCACAAGCAGAUGGAGCUGAUGCAUCAGUCAAUGAUCCCUAUCAAGCUAUAUGUCAUUUGUCAGGCGCAGAAAGUUCCAUGGCGGUGUGGAAAAGUUCUUCUGAAUUGAAAUAUGGUUUAAGACCUGCUGAAGAGACAUUGAAAUCAGGGAGCACAGUCUUAUGUCCUCCAGCAAAAUCCAGUCCGAUUAAAAUGGUAGUAUCCAUGGGAAAAUCCUCUCCAACUUUGUCGGCCAAUUUGAUUUCUAAAUCCUCGGUUUCUGAUAGACGUAGGCCUGUAAGUGUUCAAAAUCAUAAUUCUAGUGCUAAACAGCAGGGAACGUAUGAUGGCAGUGUCAGUAGUAAGAAAGACAAUGCCUUGAAUGAUUUGGUUAGAGAUGGAGAUAGUUGUGAAAGGGCAAAAAAAAAUGUGAAAGAGUAUUCAAAAACUUCUGUCAGUUCUAUACCGAAAACAGCACACUCAAUCAAGUUCUCACAUGCUUCUGUAUCUAAGAAAACCUUGUCUGAUUCAAAGCAUCCUUUGGUUUCUUCAUCUUCUAAAGCAUCAUCAGCCCAGAACAUUGCAGCUGCUCCGGACUAUCGAGAGUUGGGCUGUUCAUCGCAAACUGAUAGUGCUUCGCAUGUACAAAAUAAGAGUACAGCCUCAAAUUUACCCCACAGAGGUGAAAAAACUAACCAGUUAAAUUGCCAGCCAUCAUCCAAGAUGAACCAUGCAGCACCAAUGCACCCGCCUGCUCCUUCAAACUCCCCUGCUACACUGAGCGAUGAAGAGGUGGGACUGAACUAG